CAUUGUCUCGGGUGCAUUGGCCCGAGUGCACAUCCUGUGUGUUCGAUCAGCGAGCUGCGCAUUUUGUUUUCAGUCGAGUUUCAAAUCGGAACGCCUUGUGCACUCUGAUAUACAUAAAUGAAGGACCCCGAGCGAGUCGAGGCGAUGUGACGACAACAAGUUUUCUACUGCAGCGGCUAUGGGAAGGAGAGCCGUUGUAAAGCGCCGCGCCGCCACCGCCACCAGACGCAGAACAGAUUCGUCGGACACCGGGAAGUAAUUUUUAGUAGUACGCCUGCAGCCGCUCGACUCUACGCUCGAGUUCAUUUUUUAAUUAUUUUUCGUAUAACUGGGGGAAGAGAUGCGAUUCACUGUGUUAUUACUGCUACUUUCUGUAGCUACUGUUGGUGUUAAUGCUCGUAGACCUAGAGCGGAUAGUGACACGGGUGGUUUCUCUAACAGAAGGGAUCAACAGAAUUUUUCGAGACAAUUGAUCGAAGUUCAAGAGGCUAUCCAGAGUCAAGAAAACGUUGAAACUUUCGUUGAUCUCGUGAGAUCAACGGGCUAUUAUGCUGAGGAGCACGAUGUAACGACAGAUGACGGCUACAUAUUGACAGUCCAUCGAAUACCGGGCAGUCCGAAGUCACCGGCCAGUCUAAAUAAACCCACGGUACUCUUUAUCCAUGGCUUGCUCGCUGCGUCCGAUGUAUGGGUACUUAGGGGGCCUGAAAAAGAUCUUGCUUACAUGAUGGUAGAUGUUGGAUACGACGUUUGGCUGCUCAACACUCGGGGAAAUUUUUACGCCCGGCGACAUAAAAGGAUGCAGCCAAAAGAAGAAAAGUUUUGGAGGUUUAGCUGGCACGAGUCGGGAGUGUAUGACACAGCAACCGCAAUCGAUCAUAUUUUAAAGAUGACGGGCCAGGAGCGAGUGUCAAUUAUUGGUCACUCGAUGGGAACCACAUGCACUCUCGUAUUGCUCUCGUUACGUCCGGAAUACAAUGCCAAGGUCAACGCUAUUAUCUCUUAUGCGCCUAUUGCUAUUUUCACUCACCUACUGCCAGGGCCAGCUAGUACCAUUGCUGUCAGAUAUGGCAAACAAUUGCAGAAAACAUUUAGAUCACUUGGAGUCUACGAAGUAUUUCCUCGCAAUCCAAAUUUGGUAGGAAUAUAUACGGCGUUCUGUCAAACACCACGUAUUGAGUUAUUAUGCCAAAAAUUAAUCAUGAACAUUGCUGGAUUACUAAAAUAUAGUCAGUUUGAUGCAAUUGAUGUUGACAUGAUGCCUAAAGUAUUAAAUCAUUAUCCUCAAGGAUCUUCACUUGAAACUCUUUUACAUUAUAGGCAAAUUAUGAUUAGUGGAAAAUUCCGACAGUAUGAUUUCGGAUCAGAUGAAAAUUACCUCCGGUACAAAAAUGUAACACCUCCCGAAUAUCCUUUGGAAAGGAUAACGGUUCCCGUCGUUCUUUAUUAUGGCAUGAACGAUGCUUAUACGACAAAAGAGGACGUGCUAGCGUUACUGGCAAGGCUGCCGAAUGCCGAGGGCCGCGAAGUGACGCACUCGCGUUUCAGUCAUCUGGAUUUCCUUUUCUCGAAUUACAGCCGUGAGGUGCUUUACGAGGAUACUAUGCGAAUUCUCGAAAAAUAUCGCGAAGAUCGCCAACCAACGCUUCAGCAAGCUAUUGAAUUCGCCAAACAUGCGCCAACAACCGUCACUGUUUGAUAAAACUUUGGUAGCGUUACGGACAGUACGGAAAAUCUCGUGUGCGGUGGUUCAUGAUUAGUAAACUUUGUAUUUCUCUUUGUAUGUAGAGCGCCAUUGAGAAUAGGACAAUUAGUUUUAAGAUGCGAUGGAAAGUAGAUAGAUCUGAAAAUUAUAACAAUUAGUAUUUAAAUUUUUAUAGUUAAGGAAGCACAGAAAAACAGCUGUAACAAAGAUUUUACAAUUUUACGUUGCUUAUUAUUUUCUUUUCACGCUAAUGGCAAUUAUUAAGCCGUUAAGUUUGAGGCAUAUUAGUAAAUGUUGGAUUUUAGUAUGUGUUAAACAAUUUUAAUCCGUUUCAAAUUUCUUUUGUACAUAAUGGUUGGAAUCGACAUCUUUUUUUCUGAUUCUCAUAGUAUUUAGAAUCUGUCUCGAGCUGGGGCAUCAUUAGUAUCUAAUUCGUUCCGCAAUAGAGAUAAUCGUGAGGACGGGAAUAAAAUAAACUAAGCGGAUAUCGGGUAAAAGUAGAUUUAUUAUUGCUCUAAAAAACGGUGAGAGAGAUCGGGCUUUACUUAUCGUAAUCAUAGCCACUGGCUAAUACUCGUGCCGGGUAAAGUUAUAUAUCAAAGCGUCGCGUGGUUUGCUUUUGCUCGAGCAGUGACACAAAAAAAUCGUCAGUCUACGUGCAAAUAAGGCUAGUCGUGCGGAUUGGUAGUCCGAUCGCAAUUGGAAUCCGAAGUAGCUCUUGGUCAGUCCUGGUGGAUCCUCGCCCGUGGCGUCAAUUUGGAGGCAGGCAAAUACAUUUCACGGUCUAGCCAAAAGUUUACCCGAAGUUUCGGCAUACGGCUUGCGCUUCCGUCGCCAAAAGUGUCGAUCGGGAGCGCUGCGUCUCGCUACUGCGAUUGUUUGUCUCGGUGAAAGAGGUGUUGCUCUACCCUCGUGUAUAAGAGUGUUGGUGCCGUAAUGCGCUGAUACUAGUCGAAGGUUUGGGGGAAAUAUAACCCGUGAUAAAUCUAAUCAUCCGUAAAAUUUAUAUCUUUAUGAUACCAGCAUUUGAUGAGAAAACUAAACUUAAUAGUAUUUUAUAAAGAUAAUCAUUUUCUUAAAACGAAUUUUAAGUAACAGAUCAAAUACAUGCUGCCCGAUUGAAUCGUAAACGAUUAAAUUUUUAUUAUAUUCUCCGAAUCUACGUAGAUUGUAUAGAUAGAGAUUCGUUAUAUUACAAAUGCUUCAAGUAAAAAAUGGAACUCUUCCAGUCGCAGUUCUACUUCUAAGAAAGAUGACGUUACAAACAUUACUGGUUACCAAGUUGAUUAAACUUGAAGUUGAUGUAAGUUCUGAAAAAUAUCUGCGAUCAUCUUGGAUGAUGGCGAUAACGUUUACAAAAUGAUAUAAUCAAGUUCGCAUUAACGAUCUCUAGUUCAUAGAAUUAUCAGUAAAAACGUGUCUUUGUAUUUUGAAAUAUUUGCAGCUCGUAGAAUUUUCUACAAACUUGUUAUAGAAUGAUUUGCACGGUUCUAGCGGUCGAAAUUCUAAAAUGGAGUCAUACGUAUUUCGACAAUGGUAGCGAGCGAUUUUCCUGCACAGAACAAAUAGUGCGACGUUGCACGAGCUUUGAAACUUCAAAAAGAAUAUGUGUGCCAAGUAACUACAGUUUUAUAAGAAAAGCAAGCUACUCAAAACAAUCAGCAAUCAAAGGGCUAGAUGUACGUGCCUGCAUAGCGGCACGAAUCUAGUCGUUCUUUUUCAUUUUGUUUUUACAAGUGCGCGUGAAUUUUUAUGGUGACAGAACUGGAAUAAGCUUUUGUCUUUACGUACCCAUUAGAAUACCUAUUAGAAAUCAAGAUGAAACCACAACGAUUCACGCCAAUUUUUCAAGAUUCCAAUCGACAAUCGUUUCAAUGAAAUCGUUCAACUUUCAAAACUUAUCUAGGCAUUUCAAGUUAUAGUAAUCUGUGAACACAAUCGAUCUUAAGGCAACUUUGUUUUCAUUUCAGGACAGCAUACUUUCAAAGCGUAAAACUUUAGCUAUGGAAUCAAACCAAAUAUGCGCAUAUAGAGUAAAGUACGAUUAAAAAAAUGGAAUACCAGGAUUACCUACACUAGUCACGCGUCUGCACUAAACUUUUAUACAAUAUAUCUGUGUUUUCUUUUUCAUCGGGCUCCGACGGCACACAACUGCCAUACAAAAUACACUGAAUACCGUAACAUUAUGCGAGAAGAGCAAUUUCUUGUGUGCGCCGCCACAGCUGCGUUGCCUAGUGUUCGUGCUUUCUAUGUAGAUAUCUUUGAUAUUAUUAUAAGUGUGUAGAAGUAUUAGCUUUAUAGGCUUGCGUAAUAUUAUUUGAUCAAUUUGAUUGCUGCUGUAAAUAUGUUAUUACUCGAAUGUCUUUAUCGACGACCGGAAUUGAAAAAUUCUUCAUAAGAAUUUAUUAAUUUGUUAUUUUUUAAUGGGAUAAAUAUGAACGUUCCUAUUUUUCAGUGGUUGAAAAUUUGGCAGCCGAACCUUGCGUACUUUACGGGUAUGUCAUUAAAGAAAUAUCAUAAAUGUUCCUGCGACAAGUAAAUUCAACCAACUUUUGUAACUAAAAAUAAAUCGAGAUAAUAUUUUUGUAAAUGAAUAACAUGCGUAAAAUCUACAAUGACAUCUGCAUGUACAUUUCAGGAGUUACAGAAAUAAUAAUUACUGUACCCGAGUUGUCAUCUUUUUCAUUAUAUCCUAUUAUAUACCUUUAAUAAGCUAGAUUCAAUAGCAAUUACCAGAAGAAUUCUAUUAGGAAACUUAGUAGCAUGAAAAUGUUAACUCCAAAU